AAUUAUUUUUUCGAGUGAAUUGAGGCAGAUGAUCUUACAGAUGACUGGGUUCUACUCAGCAUGGUUGCCUUAUCUGGUGAGAGAUGAGAAUUGGGCAGACACCAGUUCUGUCUGCCCUGGGCCCUCAAACUGGGUAGCGUCUGAGAUUCAAGUUCAUCAGCUCAGUGUUGGAGGACAGUUCCUGCAGAGCCCCAUGAAUCAGAGGAGACUCGGAGGCAGGAGGAACUGGCUAUCCUAAAGGUGAUUUUAAACCGGGGUAGCCAGAGCCCAAAGAAGGGAGAAACCAGGACUAACUGCCCCAUAGCAUGAGGGGCAGCGCCUGUAAAAUUACAUAGGAUUUGUAAAGGUGGAAGGCACUGUUGCGCCGGGUAAAGCUUCGCAAGGUCGUGGUAGGGGAAACGAUUCACUCCCCGUCCCUAUUCCCUCGCAGCAUGGUCCUCACAACCCCCUUCUCUUUCCCCAUUUCCAUUUCCGGACUCUUCUCCUGCCCGCACGGCAUACGCACGCGCAGAGAGAUUGCCAGCCCUGGCUGCCAGAGACCCGGAAGCAUCGAUCGGCUCUGUGCUCGGCUUCUAGACUUGUCGCGCUCGAUUGAGGAGCGUGGCUACGUUGCUUCCGGCGCCUGGCUCCGUUUCCUGCUUUUGGUUCUUACAGUAGUCGGCGUAGGCCUCAGCUGGGUUCGUGCGCCUUCUACCUCGCUGUUUCGGUUUUCCUGGCUCCUCGGCCCUUUUCUCCCCUGUUGCAGCUGGGAGCGGACGAAGCGCGAAGCUGGGAUUUUUUACUGUCUCCUGAAGAAUUUAACACAAACAUGGAUAUCAGACCAAAUCAUACAAUUUAUAUCAACAAUAUGAAUGACAAAAUUAAAAAGGAAGAAUUGAAGAGAUCCCUAUAUGCCCUGUUUUCUCAGUUCGGUCAUGUGGUGGACAUUGUGGCUUUAAAGACCAUGAAGAUGAGGGGGCAGGCCUUUGUCAUAUUUAAGGAACUGGGCUCAUCCACGAAUGCCUUGAGACAGCUACAAGGAUUUCCAUUUUAUGGUAAACCAAUGCGAAUACAGUAUGCAAAAACAGAUUCGGAUAUAAUAUCAAAAAUGCGUGGAACUUUUGCUGACAAAGAAAAGAAAAAAGAAAAGAAAAAAGCCAAAACUGUGGAACAGACUGCAACAACCACAAACAAAAAGCCUGGCCAGGGAACUCCAAAUUCAGCUAAUACUCAAGGAAAUUCAACACCAAAUCCUCAGGUCCCUGAUUACCCUCCAAACUAUAUUUUAUUCCUUAAUAACUUACCAGAAGAGACUAAUGAGAUGAUGUUAUCCAUGCUGUUUAAUCAGUUCCCUGGCUUCAAGGAAGUACGUCUGGUACCAGGGAGGCAUGACAUUGCUUUUGUUGAAUUUGAAAAUGAUGGGCAGGCUGGAGCUGCCAGGGAUGCUUUACAGGGAUUUAAGAUCACACCGUCCCAUGCUAUGAAGAUCACCUAUGCCAAGAAAUAACAUUUGGGAUAGUCGUCUUUAAAAGACUUGGUGUUAUUUAUAGUGUUUGUUUUGAUAACAUUUGGCUGGGUCAUUUUAAUAGUUAGAGAUGAGGAGGAGUAAAAGUGAAAUUUGUGUGAAGGACUUAAAUUAUCCAGUGUUUCUUUAGCCUUGGUGAACUAUGAAAUACGAAGGCCUUAAUUUUGUACAAUAAACUUUUAUUUGUAUUCUGUGUAUAUAA